UCGACCUCUACAAAACUGGGUCUAUGAGUCUUGAGAGGGCCCUGCUGCAUGCAAGUAGCUCAUCGGCAUUUUCGGGGCCAAAGAGCAUGGAAGGAUUCGAGCAACUGAGCAUAGCAUUUCUAACAUGUCUGCAGUAUGAGAUGCAGUACAGCAUCAACCGACUGAAGGCAGAGAGUUUGGAUGAUGAGUCAUGCCACGCCUCCAAAAAUUCCCUCGACGUCAACAUCACCUCAUCCCCUCUCAAAUUCAGAACAUCCAAAAUGGCCGCCAUCAGGGGCGCCAGAGAAAAGUAUACCAAGUCGUUCUUUGGACCUCAGAGGAGCAUGGACAGCCAAGAAAACCUUGACUCCGCAUCGUUGGAGAUAAUGACUAAAAACCCGAUCAGGACGAACGAGAUCAUAGAGUUAUCCCACCUAUUCCUCAAAACUAGUCUUAUACACUUCAAAGAUGCAAAAGACAAAUUGUCGGCAUAUGAUCAACAUCUGUUUACAGAAACAUUUGAGAAAGUGUUGUCUUUAAUGUACCAGUUCCUCAAGCUCCGCAAAGUCGAACCCUUCUAUGAGACAGUAGCCUUCGGUUUGAUUCACAUAUUGGACAGUAUAUCUGACCUGGAUAGUGAUGAGCUCAUUAACUUCUCUUUCAAGACACUAGGAAAGUUGCUGGACUCCUCAGCCAAAGACAAGUUCCCCCAACGCAAGAACCCAUGUCUUCUUUUGCUGAACAAAAUGAAGACAUCCAAGGAUCCAAAACUGUGGAAACUGGGCGUGAUGUUUCUUGUUGACGAGGUGAGCAAGGAACGACUGAAAAUGGGGGGCUAUUCUAAUUCCCGUCCUCUCCCUGAUACCACAUACAGCGCCAUAGUUGUCAUCCUGUCCAAGUUACUGUCUUAUCUCGACAACGACCCUCAAAACAACACAGCACGGGAAGUGGUGUUGGAUUUGUUCUUCGACAGUAACAACAAGAACUCUGAGAGCCUCCUGAAUUGGUUCUUCGGAAACACUGUCGAAAGAUGCGCUAAGGACAAAAACAACCUGGACUGUGUGAGAUCUUAUUUUGGAAUUGCACUCUCUGUGAUGGAGAUGAUCUCUCAGUGCACACCUGAACAAACCAGAAGGUACCUGGAAAAAGACACCUCCAUCUCUCUGGACGUAGGCAACAGCAGUAGCAAGCCAUCCAACAGUAGCAACAUGACCACCUGCUGGGAGAUUGUGGAAACCCUGCUGCAGUUGGGAAGGAGAGUGCAGGAUGAGAAGAUAGGCGAUGUGUUGCAGAAACAGAAGAACAACAAACAACACAGCAGAAGUGGUGCCAAACUACUCAGUCUCGAGCGUAGACUUCCAGUGGUGAGUGACAGCAUGUUCGGGCGCAGACUGUUCGAGUCUGACGAAUAUCUCUUGUUCAAGGUCAAAGCUACCAGAGUGAUGCUCAACUUCAUCAAACAUCUGAUAGAUGCUACCAGCCAUGUGUCUCUUAAGCUGGACCAUCUGGGUGUAAUUGUGCUGGAGUCUAUCUCGCAGAAAUUCCUCCAACCCUGGAAGUUCGGCAGUGAGAACCCACUCAUUCAAGACCUCAUCUUCCCCAUCACUCAGCAGGACUUCGGAGACUUGCGAGUUACCGGAAUGCAGAUCUUUCAAAAGAUUUGGAGUUUGUGUGUCUCCGAAACUGCGAUAAAAUGCGAGACCCCUCAAACUCUCCCGGUGCGCAUCAUGGUUCCGAAGCAACUGAGUCGGGAGGAGCAGGACUUCAACCUCGUAGACUUCAUCAAUUUCUGCUGCUGUGACCUCGUGCGUCUCUCAGUGGCCAUGGAACCUUCCAUCACAAGGCCACUGUGUGGCGUAAUAACUGAGAUGAUAGCCGAGAAGCCAAAACUAUGUGAACAACAUGUCAUUUCAACUUUGAUCCAGUUCGACCUGCACAGAAAUCUGACCAAUUUAGCCUCUCGUGUUAAGAAAAACUUCUACGACAGGAUCAACUCGGAUGGGUUCGGGAGGGAGAAGAAACAGAACGUGGACGAGAUGAAGUCACGACUCAAGAUACUCCUGGAAAGACAACAACUCAACAUCCACAGCGGUGACGACAUGUCUCCUCGGUCCAGCUUCCUUGCAACUACUCUUCGACUCAGCUUCCUCAUUAAGUUCUACAGUGCCGAAGACCAAGUUCAGUACCGCAUGUUCCAAGACCUCUACUUGCGCCAGAUGAUCAAAGUGCUAGCCGAGUCAGACGUCGGCUCGGAAUCCGACAUGAACUUCUACAAAGCCGAGAUUGCCCAGUGUUACGUCAAACUAGCCGAACUGUCAGAGAAGAUGAAUCCAAAUUCGGGACAAGAUGAAGGAAUCGAGAAACUGGAACUUCUGGAACAAGCAGCGAUUCAUUUCCAUAAAUCAGGGCGCCUGGUGCAAGCUGAGAAGAUAUUCCAUGAGGUUGAGGAGGCCUACAGGUCCAAGUGGAUGCUGAAGAGACUCAAAGCCAUUCGGAGCAGUUUGGACGAACUGUACGAGUCAGUGAUUGACGGGGAUGCUGAGAACAAAAGCACACCAGUGGCUUCCGAGUGGUACUACUAUGUCAGACUAUACGGCACUCUACCCUCCGCUGUCAAGGACAAUGCGUUCAUCAUUCGGAUGCCGACUUCGGUCGAGGUGAGCGAGACAGCCCGCGAGAUCAGCCGCAUUUUCCCCAACAUCCAACGACAGAACAUCGGAUCCGACCCAGAAUCUCCCAACCUCAGUCCCGACAAGAAAUAUUUCCAGAUAUCUCUGACUGAGAUGAACAGCAUAGACGGCGCCAAAGAAAGUUUGAUGGUCAGACGGAGUCAGUUGAAGCACAGCAGGACCAACGAAUCAAUCAUUUAUGAUGCCGCCAAACUGUCUUCCUCCAAGUUCUACUCUAGUUUGAAGACGACGGGAGGGAACAGUGACUUUGACGAGACGACUACCUCUUACGGACACGUAAUGGCUUCUUUGUCCGCCAGAUCUGAGGCUUCCACAUUCAUGGUCAAGUGGGUCCAGCCACAUGACAACACUCUCGAGCAGAAGAUAGUAAAGUUGAUUCUGAAAGUGGAUCCUGCUUUCCCAUAUAUCUCUCCCUGGAACAUGGUCACUUCUUCAGAACAGAAGACAGAGUCUGGACUGGUGUUGGCCAUGGAUUUCCUGGCCGACUCGAUCCACAGUCUCAAAGUGGGGGUGGAGGAGGUGAGGAAGCACAGGAACAUAGAGAGACACAAGGGCGUCUUCAGGAGCAUCAUCUGCUCACCCGUGCAGGGAGGGGUGCAGAUGUAUUACGCGAUUGCAGACGAUGAUUACGUGUCCAAAUUUGACCCGAAGGAAGUGCAGAAGAUGAGAAAUAUGUGCUCAACACUUAUUGACAAGCUAGUGGACUUCAUGAGUGCCAUGAAGCCCCACUUUGUGAAUGACGAGAGCAUCUACAACGAGUACCUCUUCGACGCAAAGUGUCUUUUUAAACAUGCGUCGCUGCAGUUUGACGAGCAGAAGAGAGAAUUAGUCUACUGGCUCCUAUGUCAGAAACAGACCAUGCGCAGACUGGAUCUGACUCAAACUGAUUUACCCACAUUCGAGACGAAGGAUGCUGUGAAACAGCGGAAGCUCCUUCGAGGACUCGCGACAUAUCUGGAGGACCUGCUCAUCAAGGGAUUCGAGAACUUCGAUAGUCUUUCAAAGAUGUGCAGCGGCGUGAAGAGUUCUUACAACCCAAUGGGGUGUCCAUCGCAAACGAGCGACGAACUACUGUGGGACAGUAUCAUAGUCAUUCUCUCCAGAUUCGAUACACAAACUAGACAAAUUGGAGAUAUCACUCCCUUCACUGCAGCUUUCAGCGACGUCUAUCUCAAAAGACUGGAAUUCGAACACGAAAACACAAAGCAAACCAUCCUGGACAAUCUCAACACAAUCAAAACAAACUUAAAACUGUUCGAAUGACGUCCGUUCUUCAUUAAAAACAUUUAUAUUUAUACUACUUUCUGAACUAUCACAUAUAAUUUAUCAGUUUUUGAAAAAUAGUCAUUUUCUUCAAUUGAUUUAA